AUGGACGAUACGCCCGAUCUCGAUACCAACGCCUUCCUCGAGAGCGUGCGCGAACUCAAAGAGAAGAGACAGAGGGAAGACAACGAGCGUCAGGAGCAAUUAGAAGCGCAGAUCGCGAGUUCACGAUUGGCAAGAAAGCUAGAGAGCGAGAGAGGCAUGGCCUCACCAUCAAUGUCUCCGUCAACAAGUCCGCACCGAGCAUCGCCUAGCAGCGCCGUCCCAUCUCGCGCCAGCACUCUAUCGCGCCAACCCCGCAGUCGACCCAUGUCAGUCGACAUGGGCUCGCCCACCAGGGCCUCCUCCGUCAGGCCCAUGAGCAUGAUGUCCAUCCCUGAGAAGGGAGCGCCCCUUCCCUCACGCGACUCACAGCGCUUUGCUGCGCCCGACAGUGCUGAUGCGGGUCUUGGCCGUGCCAUGUCAAGCGCCCAGAGCCGCCUGGAUCGUCCCAGCUCGCCAACGAAGGGAAUGGGUGGCUUUGUGCAGAGUGCUAUGCUUAAGCGCAACGACAGUGUCAACAAGAGAUGGAGUGUCACGGCCGGUCCUUCUACCUUGACCCGCAACGACUCGACAGCCAGUUUCCGCAGUGGCACCAAUGCCGACGACAUACCCUCGCGACCUACCUCAAGUCAUAGUACCAUGAGCAACUUGAACAUUGCUCCCGAAGCAGACGUCAAGGAGGAGAAGGUCGAGAGAUCAUCCACUACCAGACAUUCGCGCUCGAGGUCCAUGGCCUCUUUCUCGGGCCAUGAGCCAAUUCCCGAGGGGCUCAUGUCACCACCACUGAGCCCGAACAAAAGAUGGAGUCGCAGCCCAACUAAGGCUAGUUGGCUUGAGAGCGCUCUCACUCGUCCGGAUUCGCCCAAGCCGCUUGCAUCACCACAGUCGACCCAGCCAAGUUGGAUGGCUGACCUCGCAAAGGCGAAACAACAGCGUGGAACUGCCGAAACGUCGACAUCACAAGAGAACCCAGAUGCCGCAAAGGCUCACGAUACGCCCACAAUUGGCCAGGGCUUGCUGAAGAGGUCAUCCAUGAGGAACACACCAACACACUCUCCAAGCGCAUCAAGGAAUGUCACACCACCCACAAAGGCCAAGCCUAUCUCACUCGCCGGCAAAUCUGCCCUUUCUGAACUUCAUACUCCUUCGCUCGACUUUAUACCAAAGGUGCCCGCGCGAUCCGAUGUCGAAAAGCAAGAGCCAAUCAAAGAGGCACUCAAACAGGAGGUUGCUGAAGAAAAGCCAACUCUCGAAGAAAAGCCGGUGGAGAUCACGCAGACCCACGCAGCGAAAAACUCUACACCCAAGAGGGAAGAGGCAGCCAAGUCAGUGUCUUCCAAGCCGAGUGUACUUGCAUCAGGUUUCACCGAGAAGGAGCCAGUCAAGCCAGCUGCUCCAAAGCCGAAUGCCUUGUCAUUAGCACCUAGUCUACCACCCAAGCCACAGACUUCCGACUCUGUCAACUCCACUGCGUCCUCAUCGCCCCGUUUUCCUGUCUUGAAAACCCCGGAGCUGAGAUCUGGCGAGUUUAAAUCCCCUGAAUUGAAGCAAGAGACCACACCGAAGACGGACUUCCGAUCGGGUCUGAAGUCAAGAAGUGGUACUAUCGGCGCACAAACACAGCAAGAGCCCGAGUUCAAAGCUUUGUUUGGCAAGCUUAAGAAAGCCUCGACUGAGAAGUAUGUGGCCCCCGACGAGCUGAAGAGCAACAUUCUUCGCGGUAAAGCGGGUCUAUCUCUCAGUGCUGGUCCUCAAAAGACAGAGCGACGCGAUGAGUUGAAGGAAAGUCUGCUGAAGAAGAAGGAAGAGAUGAAUAAGGCCGCUACAGAGAAGCCCGCAUCAGAACCGAAAAUCUCACCGAUACCUUCGACCGUACCAGAGGCACUCUCAAUCAGAAAGCAGCUCGGCCGAUCUAACAGCACCUUGAACAUUCCCGCUCCCGCCAAAUCACACAGAGACAUUACGCCUGAGGCUCUCUCCUUCCACAAGAACCUUAGAGGCAAGCCAAAGGUACCUGCCCCCGAGAAGAGGAGCAGUGUCACUGAAAAGGUAGAGCUCAAACGUGCUUCUGUCGAAUGUAAGCCGCCCGCUAUAACAGCGGAGAAGAAUCCUGUCAACGGAGCGUUGAAAACGAGAGAGGCCGAGAGCAAGUCGGAACCGCUGGGUCGAGAGCUUUCCGAGCCUGAGAAACGUGAGCUGCCCAAGCCAGCGAAACAGGAGCUUCCUAAACCAGUACAGCAGGAGCCAUCUAAAUCGCAGGUGAUAUCAAGGCCUACGUCGAAUAGAAUUGCCGACAGAUUCAACCCAGCUUUAGCGGGAUUGUUAGCACGUGGCCCGCCAAGCACCUCAAAUACUCCUCCAUCGGGUAGUCCCUUCUCUCCUCCUGCGAUCAGCCGUGUCUCUACCGCCCAAGAUGAGGAAUCGGGCGAGGGCACUCAGCUCACACACAUGACUAAAAGUCGUGCCAAAGGACCGAAGAGACGCAAGCCCAAGUCCAGUACACCCGUGGAUACAGUCAAAGCGACCCAUGCGCCUGUGGAUACGAUCAGGGCAACACCGGUACCCGAGAAGCGUAUCUCCUCGAUCACGUCUGGAUCCGAACAGCGUGCGUCAUCCAUCCAGUCGGCCAAAUCUAUCGAUUUGCCAUCACCAAGCUCGCCCGUGACUCAGACUCCCGUGCAACCCCGGCCCAAGUCUGCAGCUGUAAGGGCAGCAUCAAUCAAUCUUUCAAGACCAUCGGUCGCUGAGGAGGAAAAGCCCAAGACUCUUACUCCAACAAAGUCAAUGACAUUCCCAUCUGUACAAUCGGAAAAGCCAAAGACUCCUGUUUCGACGAGAUCAUCGCUAGAAGUGGCAGCAAGCACUGGAGCAGAGAAAGCUAAACCCACCACGCCUGUCAAGCCAGUGCUGGAAACUCCUUCGUCGAUGGCUAACGACAAGCUGUCGACCCCCGUUUCUGUCAAACUUCCCCUUCGCACAUCUUCGACCGGCUCUCUCGUCAGCACACAGACUGCUCCAACCUUUGCUUCUCCGCAAUCUACUACACGCCAGCCGUCUGGCUUCAGUCGGCCUCUCCCUGGUAAGGCCCUUCCGGGCAUGACUGGGACAAGAUCUCAGGAUAAGCCUUUGCCGCCUUUGAACACGACUGAGGCCAAUAAGGAAAACCAAAGUUUCUCGUCGGUAAAGGGUGCUGCUUCCAUGUGGGGCAAGCCAGCACAACAAAUCACGCCACAGAAGCGCGCUCCGAUCGAGUUGCCCACGAGGAAGGAUGAAGAGGCCGCCAUGUUGUCUGCUGGACUUCUCUCGAACUCGCCACUUAGAUACAAUGCAUCGCCGAAGCAAGGCCUCGGUAUCACCGAAGAUUCAAUAAGCCAACCAAAGCGAGGCAACGGCUAUGAACACGUACAACCGCCCAGUGCUGGAGCUCCGCCAAAGCCAGCAAGGAGCUCAAGAGUCGUCAGCGGUCAACUCAGUGCCAAAGACCUACCAAAUCUGCCAAAUAUGCCUGAUCUCCCAGCUGCACGCGAACUCUCCAACUUCUUCAGCAACGUGCCUACAUCAAGUAACCAACUGCAGUUGAAGACAGACACGCAAACAGUCUUGCGCUCUCGUCCCGGCGAGUCCGAUAAGACUAAGACUCUACGCUAUUCGAUCCAGGAGAUCAAGUCAGACGGUACUCUGAUCCCUCUGCCGGCACAACAGGAGCACAUCUUGUAUGAAAGCUCUAUGUAUAUCUGCACACAUAUCUUUCACACUGCCAACAUGACCAGGAUGGCCGAAGUUUAUCUAUGGUGUGGUGACCUCAUCUCCGAGUCAACAAUUCGAGAGACGCAAGUCCACGCCAAACAAGUCACGAGAGAGGCUGGAGUGGGCCAGAAGUCGACUCAACUCUACAUCAUCGACCAGGCUCGCGAACCAGCUAACUUCUUCCAAGCACUUGGUGGUAUCGUGAUCACUCGUCGUGGCUCACGUGCAGAGAGUUUGAAAGAGCCUUACAUGUUGUGCGGUCGCCCACAUAUGGGUCACAUCGCAUUUGACGAAGUCAACCGCAGCAAAAGCAGUCUCUGCUCCGAAUAUCCGUAUAUCCUCGCUCGUCCUAUAACUCUCCAGGAGACCAAGAUUUGGCUCUGGAAGGGCAGCGGAUGUGGUGCUACCGCAAUCGGAAGUACUAGACUGAUAUCUAUGGAUCUCAACCCUGGUGGUGGAUUCUCCGAGGUCGACGAAGGCAAAGAGACGGCCGAGUUUCUUGCUGUGAUUCACGAUUCGGGUAACGCAAUUGUCUGCCAACCCCCGGCCUUGUGGAAGGGCAAGUGUGGCAAUUGGGAUCACUCUUCGGUGCGUUUGUUCAGAAUUGAGGCGCAGGAGAAGCCCAAGCAAACCGCCACCUCACUGUUCACGAGCUACUUCUCUCGCCGUCCUUCUUGGAGCGCACCAAAGUCGCCUAAUCCCGAUCACCCUGGCCGCGACGGCUCGGGCAAAUCACCAACUUCUGAAUUCGAGGGGUUGAUCUCUGAGGUCGCACCUUUCACACAAGACGACUUGGAGCCUGAAGGAUGUUAUGUCCUAGAUGCCAAUUCAGAGAUCUUGGUCCUGCCUGGACCGUUGCUUUCGAAACAGCCAUUGUGGCAGCAUGCAUUCGUGCAGGCUUGUCUGUUCGCACACGACUAUGCCAUCCUGUCAGCUAGUCUAGAAGAUAGACCUGCUAUUCCCAAGGCGAGGGUUGUGCUAGGCGGGCUUCCGAGGGAAGUCAAGAUCAAAUUCAGACGUUGGGAUGAGAGGAGAAGUCUUUGGGGUUCUGGCGGCUUGAUGGCUGGGAAGAUGACUGGAGACGAGAGCGGCAUGAUUGAUGUAAGAGAUGUUUUGGGUGUUUGUUGCGCGCUUUGA